AUGCCGCAGGAAGAAGUAAAGGUCUACCACCGGUGCAAGAUCAAGAAGGCGCGUGAUGUGGGCUUCGACGGCUACUGCGGGAUUGACGUACUUCCGGAUGAGUCUCUGCAGCACGUGCUCUCGUUUCUGCUGGCGCGGGAGGCCGUGCAGACCUGUGUGCUCGCGCGCCGCUGGCGCCACCUCUGGAGGUCUGUACCUGCGCUGCGCAUCACCUCUGGACCCCGUUGGGAAUGGAUCACUCAGCAAGAGUUCGACGAUCUGAACACCUUUGUGACCAAUCUGCUGCGCGAACGGGACCUCAACGCACCACUGGAUGUAUGUGAGCUCAUUAUCAAUCCGUUUGAAAACGUUGUCAAGGAAACAGAGAUCUCGAAGAUAAGAACAUGGAUCCAACAGGCUCUGCUGUGUAAAGCUCAGACUCUCAGGAUACUAUUCGAUGAGCCUGAUUACUCUAGCUUGAUGCUGUGGCACCUGCCCCUUGUCUCCCAUUACUUGACGACGCUAGAGCUUAAAUGUGUGCGGUUAGGAAAUGGCUUUCUUGAUUUUUCAAGCUGCCUGACUCUGAAGAAUCUACGGAUGAACCUUUGCUACAUUUGGUCAGAGAAAAUAUCAUCACAGUCCCUUAAGCUGCUGACAAUCAUUCACUGUUGGUUUCGAGAUCACAAACGGACUCGGAUUUCUGCUCCAAAUCUUGUUUGGCUGGAACUAAGUAAUCAUCAUCGUAAGACUCCUAUCCUUGAAAGCAUGCCAUCAUUAGUGAAGGCAUUUGUUAGACUCCGUGAUUGCUUGGAUCAUUGUGGUAAAGAAGAAUUUGGGGGCUUGUGUUCUAAGAAUGACUGCAUUAACUGUGUUCAUAAUAGUGAGAAACACCAAGGUUGUGUUCUUCUGAAUGGUUUAUCACAGGCUGAAAGAUUGGAGCUGGUAGCUGGACCUGGCACGUUUAUUUUCAAAAGGGAUUUGAUGUGGCACCCUACAUUUAGCAAGUUGAAGACCUUGCUACUCAAUGAGUGGUGUGUGUCUCUUGAUUUCUGCGCAUUAAUAUGCUUUCUUCGACAUACGCCUGUUCUAGAGAAGCUCAUUCUUCAACUUUGUCAGGCUCCUGACAAUUGGGUGAAACCAAGGGGAAAAUAUGUUCCAUCCAAAGAGCCAUUUGCAUCUAAGAAACUUAGAGUAAUUGAAGUUAAGUGUGAAAAGUUUGAUGUGAGAGUUCACCGGAUUUCAAGGAUUCUGAGCAUCUACAACACAUAUCUUGAGAAGGUCACUAUUGAGUGUUCCGAGAGGUGUUCUGAAUGUUACAGCUUCCAGAAAAAUGAUGAUCUACUCUGGUGA